AUGUCUUACGAGAAGAAGGCAGUCCACUUCGGUGGUGGCAACAUCGGCCGUGGCUUCGUCGCCGAGUUCCUUCACAACUCUGGCUACGAGGUCGUGUUCGUCGAUGUCAUGGACUCGAUCAUCGAGCAGCUCCAAAAGACACCUUCGUACACUGUCACCGAGAUUGGUGAGGAUGGCGAGCGUACCUUCACCAUUGACCACUACCGUGCCAUCAACUCCAAGCACGAGAUGGACAAGGUCGUCAAGGAGAUUGCCUCCGCUGACGUUGUUACCUGCGCUGUCGGGCCCAACAUCCUCAAGUUCGUCGCUGAGCCUGUCGCCAAGGCCAUUGAGGCCCGUACCCUCGACUACCCCAUUGCUGUCAUUGCUUGCGAGAACGCCAUCAACGCCACAACCACAUGGAGGGGUUUCAUCGAGGGCAAGCUGAGCGAGGACACCAAGAGCAGCAUCGACAAGAAGGCCCGUUUCGCUAACUCGGCCAUUGACCGAAUUGUGCCACAACAGGAGGCCAACGCUGGUCUGAACGUCAAGAUCGAGAAGUUCUUCGAGUGGUGCGUUGAGCAGAAGCCCUUUGACAACGGCGGCAAGAAGCCCGCGAUUGAGGGUGUCCACUACGUCGAUGACCUUGAGCCUUACAUCGAGCGCAAGCUCUUCACCGUCAACACUUCGCAUGCCACUGCUGCCUACUACGGGCACCAGAAGAAGAUCCCAUACAUCCACGAGGUGCUCCAAAACAAGGAGCUUCACGACAUCGUCCGUGACGCCGUCAAGGAGACUGCUCACUUGAUCGUCAACAAGCACGGCAUCUCCGCCAAGGAGCAGGAUGACUACGUCGACUCCAUCGUUGCACGUAUCUCCAACCCCGAGCUCAAGGACAACGUCGAGCGUGUCGGCCGUGCCCCUCUCCGCAAGCUCUCCCGCAAGGAGCGUUUCGUCGGCCCCGCUGCUCAGCUCGCUGAGCGCGGCGAGAAGUUCGACGCACUUCUUGGCUCCAUUGAAAUGGCUUACCGCUUCCAGAACGUCGAGGGUGACGACGAGUCCUUUGAGCUUGCCAAGAUCCUCAAGGAGAACUCUGCCGAGGAGGUCGUCACCAAGGUCAACGGCCUUGAGAAGGACCACCCGCUCUUCAAGAGCAUCGUCCCGAUCGUCCAGAAGGUUCAGACCAGCGCUUCUUUGUAA